AUGGCAGAUUCUAACGAUGGAGAGCGGACAGACGAAACCGAGGUGAAGGGGGCUGCGGGCGGUGAAGGAUGUGAUCAUCGAACGGAGUGCCGUUUUACUAAGACGUAUAUUAUUGAACGCAUUACUGUAGAGGAUCCAUCCAUACAUGUGAGCCAUGAGGAUCUAGGAGGCAGACCUCAGGAUGCAGAAGAUCCUCAAAUCAAAGACGUUGUAGAUCAGCUUUUGAAGAUAGCCGAUGAGCUUAACAAGAAUGCUGAACUUCAACAUCUCAUCAGCACUGUGCAAGCAAACUGUGCUCAGGACGUCUUCAUGACUGUGGCCAGGAGCAUCUUUGAGGACGGCAUUAACUGGGGACGUGUGGUGGCUCUGUUUCACCUCUCAUAUAGGCUCAUUUACCUGGCUCUGACUCAGAACCACUUUGACAUUAUCAGGAUGAUCAUUUGCUGGUUUUUACAGUUUAUCAGGGAAAACAUUUCUGCCUGGAUCAGACAGCACGGAGGAUGGGAGGGCAUUUUCCGUAGCGUGCCAAGAUGGCGUACGGUGUCGUUCAUCUCUGCGAUGGCAUUCAUUGUAGCUGUUGUUUACUGGAGAAGAACACGCUAAUAUAAGUGAAAGAUGUGCCAGAUUCAUCAUUCUCACAAAUGUGAAAACUCGUAUCAAAAGCAAUACUGUUUGUAAGUGGUGCAAUCAUGUGGACCAAUCACGGGUCAUACAGACCAAUCAUGCUUCAUGCCUUGCUAUGGUUAAAGACUUAAACAGAAACAGCCACUCCAAAAGACACUGUAGCCUUUUAUUUAGAGUUUUUUAAAUGUUCCCAGUCGGCUGUUGUUGUGUCUUUCGUUUCUAUAUCAAAUGAGUCAAGGAACAUCUUUCGCCUUUAUUUAUUAAGGGAUGUGUUGCUAUAUUCAAAGAUUUUUAAGACACUGCACUUUUUUUCCACCAGUGCCUUUUACUCUGUAAUUUCUUUGUGGCUCAGGUAUCAAUUUUUUAAUGUGACGCAUAACAUACCAGCCCUACCUCGAAUCAGCUAAAUAUCUGAGACGGUUUACCAAAUGUUUUUUAAAUGAUUACAUUAGGAAUAAGGGACAGGGCUGUAAAAAAAAAAAAAAAAAAAAAAAAAAAAUUAAGAAUGCAGUUUAAGAGGUGGGAAUUACUAAAAGGUUUAGCAUGUUAUUGAUAAAAAGUGAUUGUGGAAAAUAAUCCAUGCACAUCUUGAAAUAAAUAUGACAAUUGAAUUAC